AUGAAGCCUCCAAAUUUCCCCCGGCUCUCGCCAUACAUCUGCACCACAUGCCGCCGCAACACUCCCUCCUUUACUCGCAAUCUCACGACCACGGCCACAACCAACAACCCAACCCCACCUCCCCCAACAGCCUUCGCCCGCCUCCCCUCCCGCCGCCUCAUCUCCCUCACUGGCCCCGAUAGCACACGCUUUCUCCAAGGCGCCAUAACUGCGAACAUCGCCCCGACCCCCUCUUCAACGUCCACAUCACAUAUCUCGGGCUUCUACACGGCGUUUCUGAAUUCGGCGGGCAGAGUGAUGUAUGAUGUUUUCGUCUACCCGUUCGCGGAACCUGGAGCUGAAGAUGGGGGCUGGUUGAUUGAAGUCGAUGCGAGGGAGGUGGAAGGUCUGGCGAAGCAUGUUAGGAGGUAUAAGUUGAGGUCUAAGUUUACGGUUAGGGUGUUGGAGGAAGGGGAGAGGGGGGUUUGGGGCGCGUGGGAUGAGGAUAAACGCGCGCCUGGCAUGGGACGCCGACUUAUCCUCCCCGGCGACCAACGGCCGGAAGUUGACGGCGAGGAAGUCGGCGAGGAUGUGUAUAGGGUGCGGAGGUACCUGAGGGGUGUACCGGAGGGCCAGGGCGAGCUUGUGUAUACGAGUGCGCUGCCGCAGGAGAGCAAUGUUGAUUAUAUGGGGGGUGUGGAUUAUAGGAAGGGCUGUUACGUGGGGCAGGAGUUGACGAUUAGGACGCAUCAUAGGGGGGUGGUGAGGAAGAGGAUCUUGCCAGUUAUGCUGUAUGGGAUCGAUGAGCCGAUGCCGACGAGCUUGGUGUAUGAUCCAGAGAAGGAGUAUGGCGUGGGGAGGAUCCCGAGGGAUACGGGGAUUGCCCCGUGGCAGAAGAGGGGGAGGCAUGCGGGGAAGUUCUUGAGUGGCGUGGGGAAUGUUGGGUUGGGGCUGUGUCGGUUGGCGAUGAUGACUGAUGUCCGGGUAGGGGGAGAAGCUGGUGGGUAUGAGGAAGGGGAUGAGUUUAAGAUGGAGUGGCAGGUUGAGGGGUUAGACCCUGAGAAGUUGAAAGUGAAGGCUUUUGUUCCGUCAUGGCACUUGAGAGAGUAG